UAAGUCUAGGUUCACACCUAAGCGUUUUCCUCAGCGUUUUGUGUUUUGCAGAAACGCACUACAGUCCAUUUAACAUGAUUUCCUAUGGGACACAUUCACAUCUCAGCGUUUUCACCUGGUGCAUUUUUUGGAAAAGAUCAGGGACUUUUUAAACGCAAAUACUUCAAUGGAGAAGCUGCAGAAAAGCAUGUAGUGUGGUUUUGCUGCAUUUGUGAUGCGUUUUGCAUUUUAAUCUGGCUAGCAACAAGAAAA